GUCGGUGCUUGCUGCCUAAUAUCGCCUACCUUUACCGGCUCCUCGCAAUAUAUAUUUAUCGGUCAUUAUUGGUAUUUACCAUCAAUUUUCACGACCAUUCUCGAUAGGAUAGAGAUCUGGAGAGGACAAUUGAGUUUCGAAGAAAAAUAAGUAACGCGACGAGAAACGUCCACGACUCGUCUGAUUAUGUUCCAACGUGUGUUUACAUCAACUUCACGCAGUGUGUCGAUAAACGAUGAGACUAACAAGAACUGCAAUGAGAAAGAUGAAUGAAACCAAAUUGUUGCAGCUGCUAUCUCGACUGUGGAAUGGAUCCAAUGGUAUACUUGCGGGUAAGCAUGCCGAAGAGAAAAUGAUAUCCAUCCUGAGGAACAGGUUUCCGCAAGCUCAAUUGAUUGAAGUUACCGAUGUAUCAGGAGGAUGCGGUGCUAUGUUUGACAUAAAUGUCGUUGCCUCAGAAUUCAAAGGACUAAAUACUGUAAAGCAACAUCAAAUUAUUAAUAAGGUUCUUAAGGAAGAAAUCAAAGAUAUGCAUGGUCUCCGAAUACGUACGAGUAUCCCACAAACAUAAAUGUUAUUUUUGGACUGUUGUUAAAUUAAUUUUACAGAAGGAAUAACCAAUAUCGAUUUUAAUGAAUCUAAUAAUGGACGUCUUAAUAUCUAUUUCAAGAGUUUUUAAAAGUUUGUUCAAGAUAAUCAAGAAUUUUCAAAUUUUCGAUGAUAUUAAAGAUAAUUCUAGAUUUUCGUCACAUAUUCAAGACAAUUUGUUGUAUAA